GCAGCAAUUGAGAUUGCGUCAAAACCAACCAGACGGCAAAAACAAAACAGAAGUAGGUCCCACUCACUUCUCACCCAAACACAAACAAAAUAAAAUCUUAAAAGUAAAACAAACCCAUUCAUCAUUCUUUCCAUUCAUUCACUCACAAUUCACUUCGCAUUUCCAACAAACCCUUCAACCCAAAUCCAAUAACAACAUCACUCUUCUUAUUCUCUUCCAUCAUUCAACCUUUUUUUCUCUAUAAAAUCUCUCACCCUUUCACCCAAUAUCAUACACAACACACCUAUCAUAUAGGUUGGUUGAAUGUUGUGAACAUACAAAAAAUGGGUUCAUGCUGUGUUUUUAUGAUCCAAGUCUUCAUACUGGUUUGUCUUUUGGUUCAAUGCUUUGAUGCCAAAGUGCAUGCUGAUCUUAAUGCUGCAACACUUGUUGUAGAUGCUUCUCAGGCUUCUGGUAGGCCAAUACCAGAUACUCUUUUUGGAUUAUUCUUUGAGGAAAUCAAUCAUGCUGGAGCUGGUGGACUGUGGGCCGAGCUUGUGAGCAACCGAGGAUUUGAAGCUGGGGGCCCUAACACUCCUUCAAAUAUUGAUCCUUGGUCAAUUAUUGGAAAUGAAACGAAUAUUAAUGUUGAAACGGAUCGUACGUCUAUCUUUGAACGUAACAAGAUUGCACUCCGAUUGGAGGUGUUAUGCGACAAUACCUGCCCCGCUGAUGGUGUUGGCGUUUAUAACCCUGGCUUCUGGGGCAUGAAUAUUGAGCAAGGGAAGAAAUAUAAAGUUGUUUUCUAUGCUCGUUCAACUGGGCCACUUAAUCUAGCAGUUUCGUUCACUGGACCUAACGGCGUGGGAAACCUCGCUUCAACCGUGAUCACGGGUUCUGCAUCUGAUUUUUCAAACUGGACCAAGGUUGAGGCUGUAUUGGAGGCCAAGGCAACGAGUCGAAACUCGAGACUUCAAUUAACGACAACUGCAAAGGGUGUAAUAUGGUUGGACCAAGUGUCUGCUAUGCCAGUGGACACAUAUAAGGGACAUGGUUUCCGAAGUGAUCUUUUUCAAAUGCUGCUAGAUAUGAAACCAAGUUUUAUCAGAUUUCCAGGUGGUUGUUUUGUCGAAGGCGAGGCUUUAAGAAAUGCAUUUCGAUGGAAAGCUUCAGUUGGACCUUGGGAGGAGAGACCAGGGCACUUCGGUGAUGUAUGGAAGUACUGGACUGAUGAUGGAAUUGGAUAUUUUGAGUUCCUCCAACUAUCAGAAGACUUGGGCGCUUUACCAAUAUGGGUAUUCAAUAAUGGUGUAAGCCAUACUGAUGAAGUUGAUACGUCCGCCGUUUUACCUUUUGUGCAAGAAGCCCUUGAUGGACUUGAGUUUGCGAGAGGCGACCCGACUUCAAAAUGGGGUUCCGUUAGAGCUGCUAUGGGACAUCCGGAGCCAUUUAACCUAAAAUACGUUGCUGUUGGAAAUGAGGAUUGUGGAAAAAAGAACUAUCGUGGAAACUACUUGAGGUUCUAUAGUGCAAUAAGACAUGCUUAUCCUGAUAUUAAAAUCAUCUCGAACUGCGACGCUUCUUCGACUCCUCUAGACCACCCUGCCGAUCUUUAUGAUUAUCAUAUUUAUACUGGCGCGGAUGACAUGUUUUCUAGAUCUACAGUAUUUAACCGAGUAACACGAAGUGGUCCAAAGGCAUUUGUAAGUGAGUAUGCGGUGACGGGAAAGGAU